AACGGCGUUUCAUGCAUUUGUCAAGAAGCAACAAUAAACAAAUCUGAUGCGCAUUUAAUACUUUACCUGCCGGUACUUGAUGAGAACGAACCUUUAACUUUGCAUCCUCGACCCCUUGAAUCUGCAGCAUAUUCAAGCUCUAGCGUUUUCUGCUUGGAAUACUUAGAACCAUCGAUAACCAUGUCCUCCGCCGAAGAUCAAGAUCUUUUGGCGCGUAUCGGUCAACUCGCUGGCCAAAUAAACCGACACAAAAGCCAACAGGCGGGCGUCGGAGACUCGGCCCCGGCCCCAAAUCCGACACCUUCUCACCACUACCAUCCUUACCACUCGGCUGGCCAUGCCUCCCAGCCAUGGGGCCGUGGUCGUGGAAGUUAUCGGUCGCGGGGAGCCCGUGGUGGACACGUAGCGCCGCAUCGCCACAGGACACUCAUUCUCAACACCAACACCACGAGCGACGUUACGGGUGACGGAACCAAGAGUGGCGCCCCCCAGUCUGCAGGCCUCGCGUCAGCGUCGUCUCCUUUUAGCACAUCCCCUUCUUGGGUAACGAAAAAAGAUCGGAACCUCCAACUCAUCAAUUCGGCAGUCUACGAACGAGAAUCUUUGGCGCGGUCAAUAGGGGCGGCAGAGGCGAGGCGACAGAAGUUCAAGAUGCUUAACCAACGAGAGCGAGCUAAGCUCCUUCGUCAUUUUCAGAGUGGCAGCCACGCAACUAUGGCUCGACCUGCAACUAAUGCCUCGGCCACGCAGUACGAAGUUAUCAUUGAGGGAAUCAAGUUUCACGUGGCAAAAAAUGGCAGCAAACUGGUGAAGGUUGCCGACAACAAUGCCCCCAAGGCCACGCCCAAGCAAGCCGUGGUCGGUGGUGUCAAGUUUCUUCGGAGUCGCAACGGCAACAUGGUCAGACAUGAUAUUGUCAAGGCACAACGGCAAAACGGCCCUGUCCGCAAAGUCCAAACACCUUGCAGGAUGUUUUCAACAACCGGUUCUUGUACCAAAGGUCCCCUUUGCCGGUAUCAGCAUGACCCCUUGAAAGUUGCCAUUUGCAAGGACUUCCUACUCAAGGGUGACUGCAUAGGCGGCGACUCGUGUGAUCUUUCACACGAGCCCACGCCAGAGCGAACCCCUGCGUGUCUGCACUUUGCCAAAGGCAACUGCAAUAACCCCCAAUGCAGGUAUACUCACGUGCAGGUAACUCCAGGUUCGCUAGUCUGUCGGGACUUUGGCAUCUAUGGCUACUGCAACAAGGGCUCCAACUGUGAAGAUCGACACGUGUUUGAGUGCCCCGACUUUAGCAACACAGGUCAUUGUAAGAUCAAGGGAUGUAAGCUGACCCAUCGGGAGCGGGCGAGCGUUCUUCGCAAGGCGGUAGCCAGCAAGGAUGAAGACGACUCGGAAAUGGAGGAUGUGUCGAGCGAUGAGGACGACGAAUCGGUCGACAGCAAUGACGUCGAUUCAGAUGCCGUGGAUGAGUUCCUGGGCGAAGACGAAAAAUCCGACGUUGAUCCUGAUGAAUUCAAGGAGUAUAUCCAGCUGUAAACGUCAUGAGACCUUACGAGGCCCAUCAGGCGUCGCAGUGUUUUCCUAACUUUUAUCCGACAGUCCGUCGGCUCACCAAGUGGGCAGCACGUUUGUCUUUUUGCGCGGCGUUGGUUAUACAAGCAUGGCGAUAGAUUUGGCACAACGGCAUGACGAGGCAGCCGAUGGCUGGGAUGAACAAUAUACGAUAAACAGGACAAGAUGCCCUGAAUUGAACGAAAGCAAAGAUGAUCACUAUUGGGUAUUGAUCAUGCAUGCAGCUGUGUGUCUACGAGACCUCGGUCUUGGUACUCAAAGUGACUGUAAAACGUUCGAGUAGUAGCCUCUCUGUCCUGGUAUUGUUGCCUCGGACAGCAAGUAGAAAUCCUUUAGCAUCACAAGAACUUGCAAAGAUUUGACUGUGGCUAGGCAAGCCAGGAUCCC